UCGGCCAGCUGAUCCCCGCAGACAGGCGUCGACAGGCGGCCGUGGAGGAGCAGAGAGAGCCGCCAUGCUGCGGAGGAGCAGUGCAGCCUGAGAGCAGGAUCCAGACCUGCAGCUCCUUAUGGCUGUAUAUGAUGAGAACAUCCUGAAGAAUCCUUUCUACGUGGCGCUGGAGAAGCAGAGACCGGACCUCUGCAGCCGAGUGGCCGAGCUCCACGGCAUCGUUCUGGUGCCGUGUUGUGGGAGUUUGACCGUCAGCAGCUUCUCAGACUCUCAGUUCGACAGCUAUGUCCUGCAGCCGGCGGAGGACGGAUACCAGACUGUGGACGGAAAGGAGGUCCGGAUCCAGGACAGGCAGGUCCUGUUGGGGUCCGGCUUCCCGAACCCGUCGUCGGUCCCCAUCCUGUUCGAGGAGACCUUCUACAACGACCGGGAGCAGAGCUACAGCAUCCUGUGCAUCUCCAGACCCGUGGAGGUGGACUCGAGCCCGGACCAGCUCGCACCGCCGCCCCCCUACUGCCUGAAGAGCCUGGAGGACGUCAGGGAGUUCCUGGGACGCCACGGACAGAAACUGGACAAGUUCAUCCACGGCUUCUGUCAGGCCUUCAGAGAGCAGGAGAGGAAGGGACUCCGACACCACAUCGACUCGGUGAACGGUCUUUACACUAAAUGUCUUCAGUGUCUGCUGAGAGACUCUCGUCUGAAACUUCUGGCCAAGCAGGAGCUUCAGAUGACUCUCCUCAAACAGGCGGUGGAGAUGUAUGUUCAUCAUGGUAUCCAUGAUUUCAUUUUUAACUUUGUGGGAACGCUUGAGGCGAGCCAGGACGCUGCCUUCAACAAAACCACCAGGAGUCUGCAGGAGCUGCAGCAGAGCGAGCUGGGAGUGAAGCCUGAGUUCAGUACAAACUUGUCUCGGGCAAAGAGAGAGCUGAGUCAGCUCAACCAGCAGACCUCCCCCCUCCUCAAACUGCUCUGCCUCCGUAGAGUCGCCCUGACCGCCACCCACACCCCCGAGGCACCGGUCAGUAUAGAGGCCGUGUGUGCAGACGACCUGCUCUCUGUCAUCCUCUAUCUGCUGGUGAAGACAGAAAUCCCCAACUGGAUGGCCAACCUGAGCUACAUCAGGAACUUCUGCUUCAGCCACUCCAGUAAAGACGAGCUCAGCUACUGUCUGAGCACCUUCGAGGCCGCCGUUGAGUACAUCAAACUGGGGAAGCUGCAGGAAACGCGCUCUGGCUCAGGUGAGCUGAACGACAAGGCGCUGUUCAAAGAGAGGAUGAGUCUGCUGUCCCAGAGCGCCACCAUGCCCAUCCACUGUCUGUUUGAGCAUAUUGCCAAUGGGAACGAGGCGGAGGUGCAACGUCUGCUGAGCGAAGGAGAAAGCAACGAGGACGUCAGGAUGUGUCAUCCCCUCUGCUCCUGUGACCUCUGUGACCUCCAGCUGUCUGGGCGGUUGAACGACCCCUCCAUCGUCACGCCGUUCUCCAGAGACGACCGCGGCUACACUCCGCUGCACGCCGCUGCGAUCUGCGGUCAGGCCCAGCUGAUCGACCUGCUGGUGUGUAAAGGAGCGCCGGUCAACGCCACGGACUACCACGCCCUCACACCGCUGCACCUGGCCUGCCAGAGGGGAUACCAGGGAGUCACUCUGCUGCUGCUGCACUACAAGGCCAACGCAGACACUCAGGACAACAACGGCAACACGCCGCUGCACCUCGCCUGCAUGUACGGACACGAGGACUGUGUGAAGGCGUUGGUGUACUACGACGUCCAAACGUGCCGCCUGGACCUGCAGAACGACAAAGGCGACGCGGCGCUGCACAUGGCGGCCCGCUGGGGCUACGAGGGAAUCAUCCAGGUUCUGCUGGAGAACGGAGCGAGCACCGACGUCCUCAACAAGGGAAAGGACUCACCGCUGCAGUGUGCGCUCAACUCCAAGAUCCUCGUGUUGCUGCAGUCGACUCAGAACGGCCGUCAGCGCAGCGGAGUCAACUCUCCCAGUCGCUCCCCUCUGGCCUCAGACUGCAGCAGCCGUCGCUCCUCCGUCUCCAGCACCUCCUCUCUGGGCUCCGAGGUCAAACCGGAGGCAGAACGGGUCCGACACAGAGAGGUGGAGAAGCUGCUGCGUGCCGUGGCGGACGGUGAUGUGGAGAUGGUGCGUUACCUGUUGGAGUGGAUGGAUGAGGAUGAGGAGGAGGAAGGAGAGCUUGUGUCCGAGGCUCCGCUGUGCCACCCGCUGUGUCAGUGUCCGACCUGUGCUCCCACUCAGAAGCUCUCCGUCCUGCAGGCCGGCGCCCUCGGGGUUAACAGCUGCAACGCCGGUGGUUUCACGCCGCUGCACGUGGCCGCCCUGCACGGCCACUCUGCGCUCGCCGCCCUGCUGAUCCGCCACGGAGCCAACGUCAACGCACGCACCAACCAGAGCGCCACACCGCUUCACCUGGCCAGCCAGAACAGCCACGUCCAGGUGGUCAGAUUUCUGCUCGAGUGCAACGCCAAACUGAACAAGAAGGAUCACUACGGCAACACGCCUCUCAUACAGGCCUGUCUCUGUGGGAACCUGGACACGACCUCCACCUUGUUACAGAGCGCGGCGCUGGUGAACGUGGUGAACCUGCAGGGGAACACGGCGCUCCAUGAGGCGGUGCGCGGCGGACACCAGGCGCUGGUGGAGCUGCUGCUGAGGGGCGGAGCCUCGGCCGGCCUCCGGAACAAGAGGCAGAGGACGCCGCUGGACUGCGCCUACGAGCUGGGGGGCAAGAACACGGAGAUCCUGAGAGCUCUGCAGAAAGCGUCGGGACUCUCCCCCGAUGACGAACCGAUCAAACUCCUCUCUGUGCCCAAAGGCGCUCUGGCUCAUUCGUUCGUGCAGCGUCUGAGGCUGCAGGAUCACAACAACGUCCGGAGACAGAAGCUGGCCCAGUCCAUCAGCAGGGUUCAGCAGAUGAAGAAGGGAUCCUCUGGUCCUCCCUCCAGGUGUUCAACAAACCUGAACCAGGGUAACCCGGAGAGGAGGCGGUUGAGGCGAGGGGAGACGGUGGAGGUCAGCAGCCCGUCGGCGAGCCUCGACGCCGGGCCCCGGCUGAGAGAGCGGCCCCUGGGUCGCUGUCACACGCUGGACUCUGGAGAACAAAUGCCGGGAGAAUACAGUCCAGGAGAGAGUAAUCACAUGGGGGACACACACAGCUGGUCGGAUGGGGCUCAGACGUCCGGUGAAACGCGCUCCACCUCGCCACCCUCGCCUUAUGACGCACCGCCACACGCCGAUGACCCGUCUGACCCGUCCGACACCAACACCCAGAGUCCUCUCCCUCUGAACGGGGAGUCGGAGUCACCGGACGACCAGACUCGCACCGAUAACGAGGCUCUGCAGGCGGAGAGCGAGGACGCAGACUCGAGUCCCACCUGCCCGGCUGACCUCAACGCCACAAUCCAGACCGAAGGAGGCGACCAGAGAGACGCCGAACAAACACCAGAGAGGAGAGCGGAGAGUCCGAUCACAGAGACGCUGUGAGGAGUCCGACUUUAACAGCUUCCCCUCCAUGUAACACCCACAAUUUCAAAAACAGAAAGCACACGAUUUAGAGGUCAGAGGUUACGAUGACGACUUUUAAUUCUACAAGAACAAUGGCAUCAUGGGAAAAGAGUCGGUUCACCUAACUUAUAGAAGAAAACAUUUUCUCACAGUUUACGGAUCAAACCUUCCUCUCGAAGGUUGAACUCGAGUCGAGAGCCUUCACAGCUUUUGUAUGUUUCUAACAGUGAUGGGAAUUAACUAGAGUUGUUCCGAUACCGGUAUCAGAAAAGCCUUCGAUACGGCCCUAAAUAUGCUGGAGUCUGUGCACCGAUUCAUAUCACGUUAUCAUGUCAUUUAUUAGCUUAUUUAUGAUGCAGAACAACAACACGUGUCACUCCUUACUCGAGCCGUAUAUUCUGCCGAACGCUACUGAGCAUGUGCAAAAGAGUGCCAGUGUCAAACACGCCUCCUGCACCAUUUAUUAUUUUUUUAUUAUUCUAUGUUAAAAUCGACAAGAGGAGAGCUAGUUAACGUUAACGGAGGUUACAUUACGAUGCGUUCAAGCUCAGUAAAAAUGAGCAUUGAGCUAUAAUGAUGUGUUCAAAUGUAAUUUUGUAAAAUGUUUUUCGUGGUGAAGGAAUUGUUUAAAGGAGAUUAUUUUAUUUUUUUCACAGCAAUAUAAAAAAGAUGUUAAAGAGGGAAUUAUGACCAUCUUAUGAUAAUUAUUAUUAUUUAAUAAACUGGUAUCAGGCAGGAAAAAUUGGUAUCGGAACAUCUCUAGAAUUAAGUCCACAACACCUCCCUUUAAAUGUCAGUUAAUCAGAUUGCUGUUAAAUUCUCCAACACUGUUAGAACCACAAACUAAAUUCCAUUGAGUCAGCAAAAGUCUCGUCUAAACUGUUGCUCACAAACAUCUUCAUCAGUGUUGAUUAAACCGACGCUUAGUGAGAAAAUGUUUUUGUUAUUUUUGGUGUACUGACCCUUUUUAAAGUCACAAUGAAAUGAAGUAGAUUUAUUCAUCUUUAUAGCACCGACACGACAGAUUCUCAUUGUCCUCUCAUGUUCUUUUAUUUUGGAAUCACUUCACUUUUACUUCCUGUUAAACACAAUAUCUUUAAUCGUUAAAUUAGCGGUUUGAUUUAUAGAAAGCACUAAUUGUUUGCACAUAAACACGUCUCGUUGAAUCAAACUGUCUUUCCUCUACUAACUUCUAUUUGUCGGCUAGUUUGUUUGUGUCAUUGUUUGACUUUGGUGAAUCCGAAUGAACCCUUUAAAACACCAAAGUCACACAAUAACUCACAAACAAACCAGCCGCUGGAGGCAGAUAAAAUCACUGUUUUUCUAAAGGGAGUCUGGUGACUAACUAUCCCCUUAUGGAUGAACAUUUUGGUUGAAUGAUCAUUUCCUGCAUUUUUGUACCAUCUUCCAGUUUCAGCAGCAAAUAUAUGCAAACGUCAUGAAUAUCAUUUCAUUGUGACUUUAACAGAUCAGAUGUAUUUGGAAACAUUUACAGACUUCCUCCCCGUUAAACUCCUCCAGUCUGCAUAGUCUUCGACGUCUCCUCUUCCUCAUCUCUCUGUAGUUUGAUGCACUUUUUUUCUUCUAGCGUUCACAAAAAAGAAAAAGGGAUGCAAACUGACGUUAUUUUUAGUUUGUAUGAACGUUGUUACUUUAGUUUUUGUGUUUUAAGCCACUAGACUGUAGCUCUGAUCCGACCGCCAGACUUCAUUUGAAUACUAGAUGUCGGCUUGUUUUCAGUGUGGAAAAAAAAAAGGAUGUACAGUUUGGUUGAUCACUUUUUUUUGUUUCUAGCUUUUGUAGAUGGAAGUGUGUUGUGUGUCACAGACAUAGAGCCGGUUUCAGGAUCACACAGCUGUUUUUUUUUUGGUUUUUUUAUGUUUUUAAUCCCGUUAAUAACAAAAUCUCACAUUUCACAUAGGUGCCAACUAUUUUCAAAAUCACACCGACAUAUUUUAAAAUUGGUUUCCUUUCUUACAACUGUUGGUUUUAGUUUGUUUCUAUGAAAAUCUUUGAAGACUUGAAACUUGCAGCAGAAAGAUGAACAGUCGACAUGUUUUGUAACCGCUGCGUCCAGGGGCAGUUUUCUUAAGCACAUAUUUAUUUACGUGAUUUAAUGUGAUCAAAAAUCAAUUUUUCAGCAUGUAGAAAAUAUAGCAAUUUAAAAUAAACUUUUUUGUACUAUUUUCAGAUUUUUUUUUAAGACCAAAGAAUGAAUUUAUAAAAAAUAGAAAUAAAAAUGUAGAUUGAUUGAUAAAGGAAAUAUUUUUUAGGUUGCAAAAAACAAAUUAUUAUUUUUAUUUAUUUAUUUCUUCAUAUGAGCAAUCUGGUCGCAUGUAAUUCACAUAUUCUUGAUUUUGAAUUUGCUGCAUCAUGAUAUCCAGUAGUGAUAUUAAUAAAGUUGUUUUUUUUAUCAGAAUGAUAAAAUCGGCCUGUAAGCAAGUUUCAUUUCUUUGCAAGUUCAUUUUUUCUCAACGUACUGAAGAUGUAAAAUGUGCAAAACCACCAGUUUGUUCCUUUAACAUUAGAGGAUAUUUAACACGGAGACAUCAGAGUCGUCUCCAUCAGUGUAACGUCACACCUUCACUUCACGUUGUUCACUUAUUUUUACUGUGAAUGUUUCAGUCGACACUCACCGCUUCACUUUAAACUUUUGUAUUUCUGCACCCUGUUUUUUUUUUGUCCCGUCGCAC